CCAUGCUGUUAAUGCAGAUCAGUGCACUACUUUUGGCUUGGGAGUUGGAGAAGAAAAUGUUGGAAUGGAUAUGCUUGAUAUACAUAUUAGCCAGCCUGUUACGAAAAUUUUGAGAUGGUCGUUCAGUGAUGUUAUUCAUCCUUGUGCACGAUUAAGAAAUGGUGGCUUGGCAGAAGAGUUGAUCCUACAGUUAAGAAUUAUGCAGCAGAGAAAUUUGAAGCUGUAUGAUUCUACUCUGGCAAACCUUUCUGUAGGUUGCAGCAAAGUGCUAGAAUUGGAUUUUAGCUGUGUCUCUGCUGGAUCAAAUAUCUGAAUGUUCAUAUCCACAUCCUUUCAA